AUGGGGCGUCUCGCCCUCUAUCGUAGGUUCAUUGACGACAUCCUCAUUAUUUGGAAGGGUAAUUGGGGUGAAGUAGAUGACUUUAUGAUGUCCAUUAACAAUAAUCAGUGGGGCCUCUCUUUCACACAUAAACAACAUAAAUCUACUAUAGAUUUUCUGGAUCUCACCCUAAUCGGGGUUGAGGGUAAAAUUAUCACCAAGACCUAUCAGAAAAGUGUGGAUGUUAAUGGGUACCUACAUGCCAGAAGUGGGCACCAUCCCACGUGGAUUCAAAAUAUCCCUUCAGGACAGUUCACCAGAAUCAGACGUAACUGCUCAUUUAUGUGUGAUUACGAAAAAGAGGCAUUAAUGCUUUCCCAGCGUUUUGUAGAGAAAGCUUAUCCUCUGAGGAUUAUUCUGGAGGCCUAUUUGAAAGGUCUCAAAUUUGGGAUAGUACCACGGUUAGAGGCUCAUAAUAAUACUUUGCUUAUGAUGAACUCCUCUGUAUUAUCCUCAUAUAGAGGACAAGAACACCACUCUAGAGAACACUUUAAGAUCCUUGAACUUCUAGGUGGGUCCUGUGGCCAUUCUCUGAAAAAAGCAAAAUUUAAUAUUAGCACCAAAGAGGUUGGCACAGGUAAAACACCUAUAUUCUCCACUACUUUUAAUAUAGGUUUUGAUGAGAUUAUAGGAAUUUUUGACAAAUAUUGGCCAAUAUUGACCAGUGACCCUUGGUUGUCAUUUUGUAUUGCAAAGGUCCCCAGGGUAACCUUCAGAAGGGCCCCCAACUUGAAAAACAUUCUAGCUCCCUCGAAGCUGUAUUAUCAAAAUGUAGGACACCAGAGAGUUCGCCAAGAGGCUGCAGUCAAUAAGCGUUGUGGUCAUGCUUAA